ACUACAUUGAUUCAGUGCUUUAAACCAAAAAUGUAACUGGAGAUGGGAAAUUCUUCCGAAAUAUUGCUGCCUUUCAAGAACAAGGUGCAGCUACAAGCAUGUAGCAACUUUAAUGGUGUAACUUCAUUUACUGUGAAUGAUACAAAGCUGAGAGCUACAAAACCUAAAGAAUACAUCUGCCUUUACAUCUAUAAACACAGAGAGAGGUAUGUGUAUAUAUAUACUCUCAGUCUCUUAGAAAAAGUAGUGGUAUCACGUAUGAAUUUAGCUUGGCUGAUUAAGGGAAGCAGACAGUCUGGGCUGGAUUAUUUUUGGUGCUUCUGAUAUAUGGCUCAGUUAUUAGCUGAAGAGAAUCCCAGGAUUAAAUGUGCUUCUGACACAGAUUCCACUUUACAGCCGAUCUGGGCUCUGAUGCGCGAGGAAAUCAGUACAGACCAGCUUUCAUUUGUGUAUUGCUUUAACUAACAAAUAAAUGAGUUAACCUGCAGGGCCUUUCCAUCUGGAUUGCUUCAGGGUAAGAAAAUUUGCACUGUACUGAAACCACUGUACUGCAAGGAUGCAUUUCCCCCAUUACACGUGAAUGGGAAGGCCCUUAUACUGCCUGGGAGAUUAGUCAGCUCAGCAUGUAUCUUUGUGGAACCAACGUGGUGUGAAUGCAGUAUUCAAAGUGGGUGGAAUCUCCUUGAAUAAAGGAGAAGAUGGAGGUGCCAACAGUCAGCAGUAAAGAUAAUGGUGUAUCUCAUGUUCUGACUCUAGCGCUGCAAGAGCUCAGUUUGCUCUGUAAGAGAGAUGUCAAUGGCGUUGGUAUGCUCUAUGACCUGCUCAGAUCUCGCUGGCUGCAAGCACUGCUAAAGAUUUAUGAAUGCCUCCAACACUAUCUUGGAAAAAGACCAACUCCUGUCACACUGCAGGCACGUGCGUUGAGUCGUGAGGUGGUAGAGUUACUGCGUGAAGCCCCUCAGUCAGGAGAGAUCAAAGAGCUAAGGCGGCUACUGCGUUCUCCACACUUUAAGGCCUUGCUAUCUGCUCAUGAUACUGUGGCCCAGAAAGAUUUUGAGCCAACCCUUCCACCACUGCCAGACAACUUACCUGAAAAUGAAGAAGCUAUGAGGAUUGUCUGCUUAGUGAAAAACAACCAACCUCUGGGUGCCACCAUUAAACGCCAUGAGGUGACAGGUGACAUAACGGUUGCCCGUGUGAUCCAUGGUGGGCUGGCAGACAGAAGUGGGUUGCUGUAUGCUGGAGACAAACUGGUGGAAGUUAAUGGAGUUCCUGUUGAGGGACUUGAGCCUGAGCAAGUCAUUAAUAUUCUGGCUCUGUCUCAGGGGACAAUUAUGUUCAAAUUAAUUCCAGUUUCUGACCGACCUGUCAGCAACCAAACAACACUUUACGUGCGAGCAAUGGCAGAUUACUGGCCCUUGCAAGAUCCUGCCAUACCAUGUGCUGAUGCAGGUUUGCCUUUUAAGAGGGGUGAAAUACUCCAGAUUGUGGACCAGAAUGAUGCUCUCUGGUGGCAGGCCAGGAAAGUUUCAGAUCUCAGUGCCUGUGCUGGACUCAUACCCUCAAAUCACCUUCUUAAAAGGAAGCAGCGAGAAUUCUGGUGGUCUCAGCCUUUCCAGCCCCAUGUCUGUCUCAAAUCAUCAAUGUUAAGCACUGUGGAAGAAGAGGACGACAUGCAGAUUGAUGAAAAGUGUGUGGAAACAGAUGAAGAAACAUUUGAGUCAGAGGAGCUUAAAGAAGAGGAGGAAGAAUUUGGUGAAUUUGGUCAGCGAGUCUUUAUUGCUGGGUUCCGCAGGAGCAUGCGGCUGUGCCGCAGGAAGGCGCGGCUCAACCAGCAGUCCUGCUACUCCCGCUGCCCCAGCAGCUGCUGCGGCGCCCUGGCAGCUCCCUAUGAAGAGGUGGUCAGGUACCAGCGGCACCCGACAGACCGCCACAGACUCAUCAUCCUCGUGGGUCCUGCAGGAGUUGGUGUGAAUGAGCUACGGCGAAGGCUAAUCACAAGUAACCCACGAGAGUUUCAAAGUGCCACACCUCACACCACUCGUGUUCAAAAAAGUUAUGAAAUGAAUGGUCGUGAAUAUCACUAUAUAUCGAAGGAAACUUUUGAAAACAUGGUGUAUAGCCACAGAAUGCUGGAAUAUGGGGAGUACAAAGGGUACCUGUAUGGUACCAGUAUUGAUGCAGUGCGAACAGUCCUUGAUGCAGGGAAGAUCUGUGUAAUAGAUUUAGAACCACAGGGUAUACAGCUAGCCCGGACCCAUGAUUUAAAGCCCUACAUUAUAUUCAUCAAGCCACCCAGCAUAGGUUGCAUGAGGCAGACUCGUAAAAAUGCCAGGAUCAUUACAGAUUAUUAUGUGAACAUGAAGUUCAAGGAAGAAGAUUUACAGGAGAUGGAAGAAUCAGCUAAGAAAAUGGAAGCUCAGUUUGGUCAGUUCUUUGAUCACGUGAUUGUGAAUGACAAUUUACAAGAAGCAUCUGCACAGCUGCUGUGUGCAGUGCAUCGUGCACAGGACGAGCCCCAGUGGGUCCCUGCAGUAUGGAUAUGCUCAGACACUCAGCCCUAAUUCUGAGCAGCAGGCAGCUUCCGAGAGAUUACAGCUUAUGUUUUACUCCAAGAAUAAUCCUAAUGUCAGGAUUGCAAGAAUUUAUCUUUGUAUGUGAGGGAUUUGGAAGAGGAUUAGGUAAGAAGCUGCUACAGGAGAUAUAAUCAUACUAUGCUCUGUGUGGCUCUUGAGCUUUUUAUGUUACAGUUCCAUCCACUUUUGUACAAAAAAAAUGGAAAUACUGUGAACACUCAAUUACAGAAUAAAGAAAAAUCUAUUUUGUUGCA